CCCUGCCUCUGACCCGCCCCCAACCCGCCUCCGACCAAGACAUGAACAAUCGCUCCAUAGCCUGGUGGUUGAGGCAGAUCGGCCUCCCGCAGUACACCAAGACUCUGGAGAGGCAAUACUAUGGACUGGAGGGUUUGCUGUACGUGACUGAGGGGGACCUGAGGGAGGCAGGAGUUGAUGAUCCGGAGCACAGAGAAACCAUCCUGAACCAACUAAGCCGACAGCAGCAGCGGCUCAACCCAGCAUCAGCGGUGACCCCGGCAGGCCCAGCGGCGACCCCGGGCAGGGUGACUCGGAAGUACUCUCUGGGCUCCUCCAUGGACCUGAUGAAGCCGAGCCGGCGCCUGUCGGGCCAGCCGCUGGACCUGUUCCGGCAGAGCAUCCUGCCCCGUCUGCGCCGCAGGGACAGGGUCACCCUCUCCUCCUCCUGCUCCCAGCUUGGCCCCCUGCAGGAGACGCUCUCCCCCCCGUCGCCCGACGAGGACCCCCCCCACCCGGCCCAUCCCUGCAUCUCCUCCCGCAAAGAGCACCGAAGCAAGCGGAAGAGUGUGGGCGUGUAUCUAAGUCAACUUAAGGUGUUUGGGGGCAGAGGAGGGAUGGACACUCUGAAGAAAGAGCUGGAAGAGGAGCUGAAGCUGAGCAUAGAGGAUCUGAGGAGCCACGCCUGGUACCACGGCCAGCUUCACCGAGAGGGUGCGGAGGCGUUGCUGGAGCGGGACGGGGACUUCCUGAUCCGAGACUCUCGCUCCAGCCCGGGUGACUACGUGCUGACCUGUCAGUGGAGGGAUGAGCCCAUGCACUUCAAGAUCAUCCGCGUGGUGCUGCGGCCCAAGAAGGGCUACUCGAGGGAGCUGUACCAGUUCGAGCAGGACCAGUUCGACAACGUCCCCGCGCUGGUACGCUUCCAUGUCGGGGGCCGCCGCCCCAUCUCCGAGGCGUCGGGCGCCAUCAUCUUCCACCCCGUCACCCGCACUGUCCCCCUGCGGGUCAUCGCCGAGCGCCAGGCCGCGCGCACCAGCAGCAGCAGCGACACCUGCUGGCUGGCGAAGGAACAGUCGCAGCAAGACCGCAGCAAGAGGCUGAGCUUCAGCUCGGGCCAGAUGGACACCCUGCACGUCAACAGCAACCUGCUCAGGAACAAGGAGAAAAGUGGAAGUCAUCCAGGUAACCUGGAGAACCUGGGCCGAAGACCUUCAUUGCAGUCUGCACAGUCUGACAGCAACCUGCGCUCAGGUGUCCCACAGUCGAGCCCGUCAGAUGAGUCGAGCUCCGCCCCCAUCUCCCCGGUGUUCCGGACGGGCAGCGAGCCCAUGUUGAGCCCCCGCACCCCCCGGCACACGCGCCCCUCGCACCCGGGAGGGGGUGACACCCUGCGGGGCUCCGACGGCCAGCUGCACUCGCGGGCCCCGCCCAAACCGUUGCGCAUCUCCGCUGUCUUCCCCGGCCCGACCCUGCCCCCACUGCCGCCCCGCUCCCAGGACACCGACCCCUCCUGCUUCUACGACGAGCUGGUCCCCCGCGCGCCCCCGUCGUCUCGCCCGCGGGGGCACGCCGACCGGCUGCGGGCCGAGGAGAAGUGGCAGAGCCGCGCUCGCCUCACUGAGACCAGCUUCAGCUUCCUGGAGGCUGGUGGCGCCCCCGACCUGCCAGGGUGCCCCCCGGAGGAGGCAGAUGGAGAAGGGGAGCCGCACUUCACGCGGCCCCAGGUGGAGACCUCCUCCUGUUUCCGGCUGGAGCAGUUCAACUCCCUCCUGCUCCCCGACAACAACCGGCCCCUGGACACCUCGGUGCUGCUGGCCCUGAAGGAGCUCUUCGCCCGCAGUGAUGCCAAGACCACCGCCCUGCACAUGCUUAGCGUGGACUGCCAGGUGGCACGGAUCACGGGCGUGACAGAGGAGCAGAAGAGGCUGAUGGGAGUGAGCUCCGGGCUGGAGCUGAUUACCCUGCCGCACGGCCGCCAGCUGAGACAGGACCUGCUGGAGAGGCACCACCUGAUCGCGCUGGGCGUGGCCGUGGACAUCCUGGGCUGCACGGGGACGGUGGGCCAGAGGGCGGCCGUGCUGCACAAGGUCAUCCAGCUGGCCGAGCAGCUGCGGCUCUCCGCCCGUGACCUCUACGCCUUCUCCGCCGUCAUGAAGGCGCUGGAGCUCCCUCAGGUGGUCAGGCUGGAGAUGACGUGGCGAGCUUUGAGGAGGAACCACACGGACAGUGCUGUGACCUUCGAGAAGACGCUCAAACCCUUCCUGAAAGCUCUCAAUGAGGGCGAUGGCGACGUGGUGCAGGGCCCGGUCUCCGUGCCCCAUGUGCUGCCGCUCCUGCGGGUCAUGGAGGAGGAGGAUCUGGGGGAGCACACGGAGCGGGGGUGCCAGCUGCUGCUCAACAUCCUGCAGUCCGCCCGCAACGCCGCCCUCAACGCCCAGCAGUAUGAGGCGCACGCCCACAGCCUGCUCACAGCAGGCUGGGAACCAAUCCCCGAGCUCCUGGAGGCCUUCCGCACGGAGUUUGCGCUCCGGCUGUUCUGGGGUCAGUCCGGGGCGGGGGCCAAGCAGCAGGAGCGCUACGAGAAGUUUGACAAGAUUCUCAGCAUGCUGUCGGAAAAGCUGGAGCCCUCUGGCCCGCCCAGGACUCUGAUCCCCGAACUCUGACCCCGCCCUGCUCCGAAGAGCCAACCACAGGAGCCCCAAACCUUCUGUACAGCUGUGCAGAGAGGGGUGCAGCCGACACCCAUCCCGAUCAUAUCAUGCUCGUUAUGAAUGUUUACAGUCCAAAACUAUAAUUUCACCUGGGCGUGGAAGCCCCCAUGAUGGAUAUCUAUCCUUCUUCAGAGAGGACAUUCUAAUGCUUAAAGCUGAUGCACAACUGUGGGUGGGUUUUACCUGUGAUAUUACCUGUGAACAUGGGUGGGAUAUUAUCUAUGAUACUGUCUCUGUAUAAUAACUACACUGUUUAUUUAAUUACCCUCCCAUGUGGAGCACCACCCCUAAAGCAGGGCCAUGCCCUCACACAUAGGGCCAUGAGGAUCAUGCCCCUACAGGUUUUCACUGUAGAAAUUGGUGACACAGCAGCAGUGUCACAGCCAGGGUGCGAACCCGUAGCCAUCUGUUUACCUGUCUACUGUGAGAGGGUACCCACGUUAUGCUGUGGGUGCCAUUUGCCUACAAUAAAUGUGCCAGGAACAGUUUAUCUUGU